UCCACUCUGAAACCUCGAAGCGAGAACAUUGAAUAACAAGCGGAAGCGAAAAGCGCACAGCCUGAAAGUUCGUCGAAAAGCGACCAGUUUCCUAGUUCGUUUUCCCGCCAAAUGAGUCAGAAAAUUUUCCAAGUGCUUGAUACGAGAUAUGAAGACUUAACAGACUUGAAGUGCAAGCAGUGAAUGGAAUAUAUUAUUCCUGAAGAAUAUUGAAAUCGAACAUUAAAAAUAUAUACUCUACCGAAGUUAUAUAUUUUUUGAAUAAAUCAUUCAAGAUUUUGUAAAAUCAUAUUUUGUACUAAAUCGAAUACCGCCAUGGCCAUCGCCUAUUUUAUACCCGACCAGGCCCAAUUGUUGGCCAGAAGCUACCAGCAAAGUGGCCACCAGGCAGCAGCGAGUCCUCGGACAACUGCAGCACCUGCUGCACCUUCGCAGCAGCAGCAACAAUCGCAACAGCAGCCGCAUCAGCAGCAACAUCAGCAGCAACAACAGCGCCCACAAAUCCGUGCCAAUAUCUCCGUGCCGCUGGGAAGUCAACAGGGAUCGAUGACCAUGUCGGAGUUCGGAUGCUGGGACCUUCUGGCCCAGAUCUUCUGCUACGCCCUGAGAAUCUACAGCUACAGUUCGAGCCAGCGACGACCGACGGUCAUUCAGAUAUCCUUCGAAAUCAGCAGCGGCAGCCAGAACAACGAUGAGGACGACGUGACCGAUGCCACCUCCACCUCCACCACCAAGGAGAACUAAAUUUAGUUUUCAUUUUUCAUCGAGGUGGAGAGAAAAUCUUUGGGAUUUUCUGGGAAAGGCAGGCUCAAUCAAAGCGCAUUGUGAUUUCUUUUUUGGGUAUGGACACAUGAGGAGGAACGAGUUUUGUAAAAAAUGGGACAUUUCCACAACAAAAUAAGAAAACUAUUUUUAAACUAUUUUUGAGAGAGAGAAAAUUCAAAAUUUGUCAUCGAUUUGCUUAAAGUGAUAUUGAUUGUUUGUUACUUUUUUGAAUGUCAAAUUUUCGCAUUUCAGUUUUGAGAAAAAUGUUUAAUUUUGCAAGCAAAGGUUUCCCGGUUGGUUCAAAAAUACAAAAAUAAUUAACAAAACAUUUUGAGAUCAUGAAAGAAAGAGUGUAAAAUUGUCAUAAACCUUAUUAGUGUCUAUACAUAUGAGCAAAACCACAAGUAUCGUACUCAACUAACAACUAAUUGUCAAAUUUUUGCAUUUCAACUACUUACAAAUAUAUGUAAAUCCUACACUAAUAUUACAGAACUACAAUACAGAACCAACAAA